UGUGGUAUAAAAGUGAUGUUUGCUUGGUUGCUACUUCAAAGUUGAAAGAUCAUAAAGCAAGAUCAGUAGCAUCGAACGGAACGUUCAAACGAGACUUAUUCAUUUAAAAAUAUAGCUAAUAUAAAAUACAGCGAAAUGCCGUGUGUUGGUUGUGGAAAUGAUUGCAAAUGUACUGCGGAGAGGUGUGGCGACAAGUGCAAUUGCGGCAAGGAGUGCAAAUGCCAUUGCAAGCAUGAGCAUUGCGAAAAGGGCAAAGAGCAUGGACAUGACCAUGGGCAUCAGCAUCAUCAUCAUGGAUCCCAUUGUGGCACAAAGUGAGGGAUUCGGGGAAUUUAUAUUUCCAUAGCAAUUUUGAGUAUCAAACUAUAAAAACAAAGCUUUCAAACUGUUAUACCAAUAAAAAGAAAAAUUAAUUAAUAUA